AUGGCAGAAUCAUCAGGCAGCAGUGAUAAUAAUAUGAAAAACUCAAAUCUGUUUGACUCCCCUAGCAGUGGCGAUGAACAUGCCGACAGAGGAGGAUUAAUUUCUUCUCAAUUUUCAGGCUACUCCAAUAUCUCAUACUCAUUCCAAUCCGUUAUUUCUGCACUGGAGAGCUGUGACGACAUGAUGCUGCUACAAUCAUUAAAUCAACUUUCAAUUGAUUUAGCGAUUGCCCAAGAAGACAUCUUGGCCGCGAUGCCUCUAGAUCAGCUGGUCUACGCUUUGGUGACUUGUCUGCAGAAAGAAGACUUCCCUGACAUUGUUUUGUACUCCAUGAAUUGUCUCACAAAUAUCUUGGAUACCAUGCCGAAUAUAACAGGCCUAAUUGUAGCUCGAGGAGGAAUAGGAGUUCUUAGCUCCAAGCUGAUGAACUUUGAUUUCAUAGACAUGGCUGAGCAAGCUAUUAAGCUGAUUGAAAAGAUCUCUUAUGAAUCUGCUUUAGAUAUUGUUAAAGAAGGGGUUUUCGAGACAAUGAUGAAUACACUGGAUUUCUUUGAAUUGGAGACUCAGAAAAAAAUAUGAAGGAUUGCAAUUAAUAUUGCCAAAGCAAUGAUUUCUCAGCAGUGCUUUUUGCAGCAUAUUAUGCCGAUGCUACCUCAAAUACAGCCAAUGCUUAUACAUAGGGGAACUGAUAUGGUGGGACAAGCAGAGCUUGUGAUUGAUUUUUUUAUAGCUUUGUUGGAAAACGCGAUAGGGCUGUUUAGCAGCGAUUUAAAAAUGCUGCAAGGAAAUUUACAAAAUUUGAAUGAGCAAGGGAUGAUGCGGAAUUUAAUAGAAAUUAUUCAGCAGGCUCCGUCGCUCAACCUUAAAGUUUUCAAGCUAUUAAGACUAAUUUGCAAGAUUUCACCGACGUUGAGCAUGAGCUUGCUUUCUAUGGGAAUAUGUACAAUACUUAAAGAUGUACUUAAUAAAUCCUAUGAGUCUUCUAGCAGUGACUAUUUGCUUGAAGCUUUUAAUUUGAUCGAUAUUAUUGUGCCAGUUGAUAAUCCGAAAGAUGCAAUUGAAAAAGAAAGGCUACAAAUUUUCAGAGAGAGUAACCAAUAUUUAAGUAAUAAACAAAUUAGCUUAAUUUAACUAACUUCUAGUUGGGCUUCUAGUUGUGCAGAGUUGGUGAGACGCCCUUUUCUCCGUCUUUUCGCUACUCUUGAAUUCAUGUCGGACCUCGCAGUUCUGCUAGCUCAUUCUAGUCUUGUGAAACCAUUCGGGAACCUAGAAGUAUAGGAAACACUAGCGUGACUCGUUCUAUCUGACUUUUCUCCAGCGCCUGUUCAGCACAAGAGUCUUGCCUUUUAUAUCAGUAGGAGAAAAAGGCAAACACAAUACUCAAGGUGGGUUAGCAUAGAAUUCCUCACCAUUUUCUCUUCUUGUGCAGAAGUCCACGUGCAAAAACCUAACCCCAUAAUGGGUAUGGGAAAAGAAUUUAACUUACUCUCCCGUAUGCGAGCAAGUAAAGCCAUUAGAUAAUUCUGUUGAAUUUUAAACAGCUUGGAUUUUAAAAUAUAAAUUUUAGCAAAUUAAUAUUUGAUUUAAAAUUAUUUAUAAAUAAAAUGGCAUUCUGUUCUAGAGAAAUUAGUUCUGCUAAUUUUCUCUCCCUCAUGGAAUUUUAUUUAUGGGGUUGGGUUUUCUCUCAAGACCUUUUGCAGGAGCAGCAGCAGCAGUUUAGCUUUGGAAUAGCCAGAGGAACUGCUCCGCGGUGCAUCCACGAAGCUCAGAGUUUUAUCUCUCAGCAUAUCCAAGGAGGGUAACCUUAGGCUGAACACGCUCAGAAGCUUAGUCAGACUAGCGCAGCAGCAUCAUUGGGUGAGAAGCGCUGGCCAGGGUGGCAGGCGUGCAUUUGGGAUGGUCCGACCUUUUGGAUCAGAAAUGUCCAUUUUAAAAACUUUGUAUAUAGUAGGAAUAUGAAAUAAAGUAUUAAAUAUAUGGGUAAGCAUGCAUAAAUCGAGUUUUAAUAACAUAAGAGAGAAAAUACUGCAAAAUCUUUUGGAUUUACUGCUUGACCAACCCUCUUUGAGCAAAGAAAAUGUUUUGGUUCAUUGCAAGGGAGUGAGUUAAUGAAUUACGCUUUCAUCUGAAACCAUUUUAUUACUACAAACCAAUAUAUUUAAACACAAUUGGUGAGUCAGUUAUCCCUCACUUAAUUUUUGUCUAUCAAAACUGUAUGGAAAGUGAGCUAAAAACUCUAACUUUGAAAACUUUUUAUAAAUUAUUUGCAAUAUCUCCACCAGAAUGCCUUACAAUAUAUAUAGACACCCAGACACUUGCGUCAUUUUUAUCAGAAGUUUUGCAUUCUCAGCACUUGAAUCCUAUUCAUUGCGCACUGAAAAUCAUCAAUAUUUGCUAUGAUAAAAUUCCUCAAGAAAUCGCUGAACAUUUUACUAGAGAAGGAAUUAUUGACAGAAUUAAUGCUUUAAAUAAGCAAGAAGUGAUUUCACAAUUAAAACGAUCAAAAGCUAAUGAGUCGCCUGUUGGUCUAAAAAAAUACUCGAGAUUUCAACAAGAAGAAAGAGAAAGCUCUUCUUUGAACUACUUUGAGCAGCUUAUUAUGAAUUUAAAUGGUGAGAAAGAAGUAAUAAAUAUUGAUGCAGAAACUGAUGAAUUUCUUACAAAUAUUCCGAAUUUUAAACAUCAGCUAAAUUUGAAAAGUGACCCAAAAAAUGAAUCCUUAGACUUAUGCAAUUCAAUUAUUGAAAAAAAUAGCCAUUUUGAAAAUAAACAUGCUUUAAGGACUGGAAAAAGCCUUAAAAAGCUUGCAGAAAAAUUGGAAUAUGGGAGACAAGGAAAUGCGAAUGAAAUAUGGAGAAAUUUGAUAUCAAUGAUAGAAAGUGAUAAUAAAAUUAGCUUUUAUGAGUUUAGCAAUUCAGGGAUUGUUGAGGCUUUAUGAAAAUGGUUUAAUCGUGGAGACUUAGAAGACUCAAAACAAGUGACUGUUCUAAUUCAUAGACUUGAAGAAUUUUUAACAGAAUUUUUAAAAGAAAAUUCAAAAAGCCAGGUUCAUUUAAAGAGCUUUUUAGCCCUUUUUGAUGGAGCUGGGAACUAUGGAAAUAAUUUAAAUGACAUAGGUCCUGAAAGAAAUUAUGAAAGGUCUAAUCGAUUUUUAAGCCAAAGGUCUAGGCUUACAUUUAUUUAUGCCCCAUCAGAAGAAGACUGAUCAAGAUUAGGCGAAGCUUCUCAGGAAUUUAAUAUAAGAAACAAUUUUUUUGCAGCGAAUAACAGAAUUUGCAUCGCAAGCGAACUUUCAAUUCCAUUUGCUGCAGUAAAAAGUCAUUUAUUAACUCCUCUUUAAACCGAACAAAAAAUAAUCCCAAUUUUAUUCGGGUUAAAACUUUAUAGUAAAUUAUUUAAUAAAGAAUAAUUUUAUAAAUAUUAAAACAUAAAUUGAGCGUAAAGUUUUUGAGGGUUAAUUUAUUUAUGGAGAAUUAAUUUAAAAAUUUAAUCAAUUCGUGUGAAAACUGUUUAAAUAAUAUUCGACUUACACUUUAACUAUAAAAUCAGGUCAAAAAUAAUUUUAUAAAAAUUAAUAAAAAAUUUUAUAAAAAUUAAUAAAAAUUUUAUUCCAAUUUAAAGUGGGUUUUAUAUAUAUUUUUCUCCUAUCUAAGGGGGAGUAAGGGUAAAAUCGAAAGACGAUUUAAAUAAUUUUAAAAAAUUAUUCAAAAACAAAAACCAACAAAGAAAAAAUAUAGCGAAAGCAUUAAGAGAGUUAGGAAUGGAAGGCAGCGAGUUUGGGAGGCUUUACAAAGCUAGCAUCGCCCAAAAUUUGUUUUCGAAUGAUAUUGAUAUCACCGAAGAAUGCGAGCUUAGGCCUGAAGCCAAAAAUCAAGUUCUGGAACAAAUUGAUAUAAUUAUGACAGUUAAUGGCCAAGAAAUUCAUGAUGGAAUGACUACACUUGACGUGAGCAAUAAAUUUGGGAAAUCAGAUGAAAUAAAAUUCAGAUUUGUAAAAAUAAGUCAAAAUAAAAAAGAAAGCAAAAUGCUUGUAGGACAAAAUAUGAUUUAUAAAGAAAUCCUCAAUGAUUGUGAAAAUGUAGGAGUAGAUAUUGGAGAAAAAAUAUUUCCCUAUCUAAGAAUUCUUAAACUCUUUUCGAAAAUAAACGAGCUCUUGCCUUAUCUUAUGACUCCUUCAUCGCUUUUAUUCCAAUCAUUGUCUGAGUCAUUUCGCCUUCACAAACUCGAAUAUGAAAUUUUUCAAAGCAGCAAAAUUAGUGUCAUUCUCUCUAGGUUUGUUCAAGAUAACAGAACUUCUCUGCCCUCUUGAACCAAGCCUUUAAUCCAAAGCUGCAAAUUUUUAGUCCCAUUCACAAUAAAGUCAGAUAUUUUCCAAAUUUCAGAUAUUGGGCCGUAUCUCGAUACAUGGGGAUAUGAUAUUUCUCAAAAAAUAAAGGUCAAGAUCAAUAGAGAAAAAUUAUUGGAAGGCGCAACUGCUGCAAUGAGAGAUCCAAAAAUGCUUAAAUCUGCUCCUAUAGAGUUUGAGUAUGAAAACGAAGUUGGUACUGGAGUAGGCCCUACAUUGGAAUUUUAUAGCCUUGUUGGAAAAUCUAUUCGAACACUUGAUAUUUGGAGAAAUUCAGGAGAUGAACUUGGCCUUUUCCCUGCUCCAAUAUUAUCAAAUUCAGCCAAAGUUAAAGAUCAAUUCCUCUUUAUUGGCCGCUUAGUAGGAAAAGGCUUGCUUGACCAAAAGCAGCUUGACCUACCUCUAAGCCCUGCAUUUUGGAAGCUAGCCUUAAAUGAAAACUUGACUUUAAACGACGUGCUAAACGUUGACAAAAAUUUAGCUAAAACACUAUUCGGCCUGCAAGAAGUUGUAAACAAGAGAAAUACCCUUUUAGCAGAAAACAAAAGGGUUCAUAGCUCUAGCUUGACAUAUAAAGGUACCCAUAUAGACGAUUUAUGCUUAACAUUUGUGCUGCCAGGCUAUGAUACUAUUGAGCUUAAAGAAAAUGGAAAAAAUAUUGCCGUGACUCUUAAUAAUCUCCAUGAGUACAUCACUUUGGUCUCAAAGUUCACGCUAAUGCAGGAAACACAAAUUUCAGCAUUCAGAGAAGGGCUUAACUCAGUAAUCCCAAUUGAUAUGCUGAAAGGUUUUACUGGCGAAGAGCUCGAAUAUCUGAUAUGUGGAGCAAGUAAUGAAAGCUGGGACAUUUCUACUAUUCAAGAGUGCAUCAUUCCAGCCCAUGGGUAUUUUCACUCUUCAAGUACUUUUCAGAACCUUUUGAUUGUGAUGUCGCAAUUUAAUAGCCAAGAAAAGCGCUCCUUCUUGCAGUUUGUGACUGGAUCGCCAAGACUUCCAGUUGGAGGAUUUGCAUCAUUAGUUCCGAAGCUAACAGUUGUAAAGAAAGAUCCUGAAAACCCAGGAGUGCAUUCUGAUGAGUAUUUGCCAUCAGUAAUGACUUGCCAUAAUUAUCUCAAAGUUCCUGACUACAGCUCAAUUGAGAUCUUGCAAAGAAAUUUGAAGUAUGCAAUGGAAGAAGGCUACGAAGCUUUUCACCUUUCAUAA